AUGCAAGUGUAUUGUAGUUUGGUUCAUGCUGCAAAGGAGCUGCUGUGGCAGUGUUGGAGGCGUAAAGCCAUCAGCCACAAGAAUCAGGCACCGUCGGUGCAUGAGGGCAGUUGUCAUCUGCCGCCCAUUUACAUUGGAGCAGUUGUCGUAUUGCUUUGCAGCUGCUUCGGCAUUACUCACAAUGCGCGUCCAAGCUGGCUGGUGUUGACUCUCUACUGCUAUUUUGAGCUUGAGGGCGUCCUUUUGGCCUUAGUUUCGACCAGAGAAUUUCUUGGACAACUGACGAUUUGCUAUGCCUCGUGCACAUCAAUGUGCUGGCAUUGA